AACGGUUGUGCGAGAAGAUGGCUCUUCGAAAAUUUGUUCGUCUUAGAUUCAUGGCCAGUAUUUAUUCAAGAAUUCACAAAAGAGUUUGCACCAACAUUACUCACGGAAGAUAUUGUGUCUCAAGUAAAUCAAUGUGUGCCCGUGCUGAUUGAAACGAUAGCAUGUUAUGAUGAUUCUGUCAUGAUUGAACUUGAUGAUAUCUAUCCAGCGGAGAUAGCCCAUCUUACGAGACAUUUUUACUUAACCAUCGUCGCCUUCAUUCUCAACAUAUACUUGAUUAUAUAGCAAAUCAGAAGCGUAAAGAAGAAUUAAUAGAAUUGCAUGAAAAUGUUUUAUUUAGUACUGUUUUACUGAAAUAUGUUGAUGAAAAUUAUGAAACUGAGUGGCCUGAAGGUAACGAAUCGUGGUUCAUACAUGAUGAACGGCCACAACGCAAUCAGUUUAUUGCACUCAAGAAAAAUAAAAUGGUACCCAGUUCGACAUUCAACAUUGUCGAAGACUCGCCAUCACAACUGUCCUGCGUCUGUGAGUGUGUCUCGUCAUUAUUCGUUCACCAAUCGAAUGAAAUGAUAUUGCCCUUACAAACAGCUAUGUGUAAACCCGAAACACUACGGAAGCAGAAACCAUUAUUCAACGAAGAAGUAGUAAAACACAAUAUUAUUGUCGAUUUUUAUUCUGACUCUAGUCAGCUCGAUACUAUAAUCGUUUCACUAAAACUAAAUACAAUUCACUCAAAACAUUCACUACAAUCCAAUAUUACUGAAAUAGUCUCGUCUGGCAUAAAUUUUAUCACUCUUCUAUUUUUUAGUAUGGUGUUUAGAAGUAUCGUUCGUUUUAUACUUCUUUAUUAUCAUAGAAAAACUCCUUAUUUAAUUAAUAAUAUGAGACUAAAUACUAAGAAUUACUUUGACUGGUUUAGAACUUUAGCUGUACCCUAA